CUAUAUUAAAUACUCCACUAUGGCAUACAUGCUGUUCGCUUUCGCCGCUCUCGUAGCAUUUGCCAAUGCCCAUGUACAACCAUUUCCCAUUGGCUCAUCAUUAUUGAGCGGUGCACCAAUUUUGAAAUCCGUAGUACACCCCAACCCAAUACUUUCAGCUCGUACCUAUCCCGGAACACUUUUAAACAGUAAACUUUCUUACUCGGCUCCAAUUGUUCACCAAAGAAUUCACCAUCCUGCUCCAUUAGCUCUGCCAGCCGUACGUUUAGGACAGCCAAUUGUUGCUAACCCACUGCGAUUGGCCCAUAGCCCAAUUGCCGUUCAAGCUCAUCCAGCUUUGCAGUAUGGUCAACCUCUUCUCGCUAAAGCAGCUCCGGUGGCUCCAAUUGUAAAAACCAUCACCCACGAACCAACAACGUCCGAGUAUUCGACGUAUACAGCCACCGCCCCAGCUUUCGCUGAAACGAGAGUAAUUCCACAACCUGCUGUUGUAUAUUAAAACAAUGUUAUAUAUUUUUUUAA